CACUUGACUCCCUCUGAGGGAAAGGGAAAGCAAAGCGAUCAGGCGGUAGAAAUGGAGAGCAAAAGGACUGGGAGGGAGAGCGAAAACCUUCAUGAGACAUGGCGUGGCAACAUGACAAAAUAAGAGAACCUCAGUUCACCUGAAAGGAGUUCUGUGAAGAACAGAGUCGAGCUAAAGUGUCUGCAGGAUUCUCACUUCGCUUUUCUCUCCUCUCCGUCCUCGUAAUCAGUGCGCACACAAGCGUUUGUGUUGGGCAGGAUCUGCAGGGAGAAGUCUGAGGCUAACAACACAGUCUGACUGGAUAAGAGGUAGCUCAGUAUGAGUCGAGAUGGGUGGAUGAAGAAGAAAGCCAAUUCUAGUGGUGACAAUGGUUGGGCUGAGAGGGGCGGCUACAUGGCUGCUAAAGUUUCUAAGCUGGAAGAGCAGUUUCGACUUGACGCCCCCAGAGAAAAGCAGAAGGACGGUUCAUGCACCAACAUUUUCAGUGGCGUCGCAAUCUAUGUCAAUGGAUACACAGACCCGAGUGCAGACGAGCUGCGCAGACUGAUGAUGCUGCACGGUGGCCAGUUCCACGUUUACUACUCUCGCUCCAAGAUCACCCAUAUCAUCGCCAACAAUCUGCCAAACAGCAAAAUCCAGGAGCUCAAAGGGGAGAAGAUCAUCAGGCCGGAGUGGAUCACUGACAGUGUCAAAGCCGGGCGCCUCCUGCCGUACCUGCAGUAUCAGCUGUACUCCAAACAGAAAGGCCCUCUCUUCCCUGGCAUGACCCCGCGUCAAAACUCAGAGAUCCCCGGACCCAGCCGCCAGCCGAGCCAUCAAAAGCUACAUCUGCCGCCGCGCGGCGUUCAGCACUCCGCUCUCAACAACGAGCAAUCAUCCAGCUGCAAAAAUAACCCCAUCCCCGACCCCGGCAACAUCCAACCUCAGUCCGUUCAGAAAAGCUCCGCAGCUCGCUCCUUAAACCCUGAGCCGAGUCACUUAGCGCACAGUCACCUCAGUGUAGACCCCAGGGACAAAAGCUCUUUAUGUACCUACCCGAGCGCCACCGUACACCCCCAAAGACCCUCGCAGACUUCUCUUCAAACGCCUCAUCCUCAUCUCCAUCACCAGAGAGCCGGCCAACCACAACCUCAGAUUAGCUCUUCAUGCAACAGUGACCGGAGCGGCUGCAAACAAGGGGGGAUAAAAAUAAAUGGAUCCCUGCACACCUCAUUGGACGUGACGAGCCACUCAAACAUGAAUGAAAUACAAGAGUGUGGAGAAGGAGAUCCUCUCCCGCUGGUGGUGAGAGAAGCACCGCUGACCAAUGGACACGCCCACCUUCACAACGGUGCCUUAAAGCCGGAGGACCUGUCCCCCUCUGCUGACGUGGAACUACCUGCAUGCAGAGUCAAGGCUCCUUCGGUACAGUUCAAGACUAAACCCGACCCCUAUGAGUUUCCCAACAGUCCUCCGAAGCAAUCCGACCAAUCCCUCGACCUUUUGGAACAAUCUGCCUCGUCAGCGGACACAGAGCACACACCGGAACCUGAACCUCCACCUCCCACUCAUCACGAGGACGCCCACCUGUCCCUGCUCCAGCCGUCCUGUCCAGUUGAUUCAAACUCUGAAAAUCCUCCCCGCCCACCGUCACCUUCUUCACAUUCUCCGCUUCGACUGAACGGAAGUCACCAUAAUGCCUUUUCAUCUGACCCCGCCUCCCUUCACGCGAGCAGCACGGCAGCCAAACCGGAUCCCCCCUCUGGAAAGUCAACCCAGCUGCUGGCUCAGACGGGGGGGUUGAUCUCCGAGUUCUACUCUCACUCACGUUUACACCAGAUCUCCACGUGGAGGUCGGGCUUCUCCGAGUACGUCAACGAGCUCCACAGCAAACGGCAAACGGCGGGGGGCGCCUCCUUUCCAGGGAAGGACCGGCUGAGGAAAUCUCUGGCCCAGCGCUCUUCAGACAGUCAAGGUACAUCUGCAUCAUCAAGUUUAAAAUCCUGUAUUUUUCAUGUGGACAUGGACUGUUUCUUCGUGUCUGUGGGGAUCCGACAUCGGCCCGAGCUCAAAGGAAAGCCUGUAGCUGUGACCAGCAACCGCGGACAGGGCAGAGUACCCCAGAGACCCGGUGCCAACCCUCAGCUGGAGCUACAGUACUACCAGAGGAAACAAACUCAUCCUCAUCCUCAGUCCGAGAGUCCAGAUGGCGAUCUUUACAGAACCCCCUCACAGGAGAGUCCUGACUCCCAUGCUAACGGAGUGGAGCAGGAUGCUGCUUCUCUGUCGAUGGCAGAGAUUGCAUCCUGCAGUUAUGAAGCCAGGCAGGCGGGCGUGAGGAACGGGAUGUUUUUUGGCAAAGCAAAGCAGUUGUGUCCCUCGCUGCAAUCCGUCCCUUAUGAUUUCGAGGCCUAUAAAGAAGUGGCGUUCACCAUGUAUGAGACUCUAGUCGGUUACACCCAUGACAUCGAGGCCCUGAGCUGUGAUGAAUUGUUGAUCGACUCCUCCGCCCUGCUCGCCGAGUUGGGCAUCUCUGCAGAAGACCUGGCGGAGGUGAUCAGAGCAGACAUCAAGGAGAAAACAGGAUGCAGUGCCUCAGUGGGCAUGGGGUCCAACAUCCUGCUGGCUCGGCUGGCGACCCGUAAGGCGAAGCCAGAAGGCCAAUACUUCCUGAAGAGUGAAGAAGUGGAUGAUUUCAUCAGAGACCUGGCGGUGACGAGCUUACCAGGUGUUGGGCCUGUUAUGGGCAGGAAGCUAGCUGCUAUGGGUGUGAGGUCAUGUGGGGACCUCCAGCAGGUGUCUCUGUCUCAGCUGCAGAAGAAGUUUGGACCCCGGACCGGACAGACCCUGUUCCGCUUCUGCAGGGGCCUGGAUGACAGGCCGGUGCGCUACGAGAAGGAAAGGAAGUCGGUCUCAGCGGAGAUGAACUACAACAUCCGCUUUACAAAGGUUGACGAGGCCGAGAGUUUCCUCACCAACUUAUCCACGGAGGUGCAAAAACGAUUACAAGAAGCCGGGUUGAGGGGUCGCAGAGUCACCCUCAAGGUCAUGGUUCGCAAAGUCGGAGCGCCGCUGGAACCGGCCAAAUACGGCGGUCAUGGCAUAUGUGAUAAUCUAGCCAAGACGGUGAUGCUCGCUCAGUCCACCGACAGUGGGGAGCUGAUCGCCGCUGCGGUCAUCAAGCUGUUUCAUGGCAUGAAGCUGCAGGUCGAGGAUCUGAGAGGAGUCGGCAUCCAGGUCCAGCUUCUCGAAGGAACCUCCGUCACCCAGGACUCCCGGACUCGCUCCAUCAAAGACAUGCUGCUUGGUCAGAGAUUAAAUGCGAGAUCCAGCUCCAGAGAUUCUUCAGACAGCAACAGACAUCAGGAAAAGGUUCCCUCAACCACAGCAGCGUCAUCCAGCUCGUCUCCACUUCCUCUGUCUCCUCCUGAGCCAACCCCGGGGACAAGCAGAGACCAGCAGGGCUGCAGACAAACGCCAAGGAGUUCCAAAACACGUCUCAACUUCAGUAUCGAAGUCCCCUCCCCUUCCCAGGUGGAUCGUUCAGUGUUGGAGGCGUUGCCCGCCGACCUGAGAGAACAAGUGGAGCACUCGUGGACUAACCGAGGCGGAAGCAACCGUUCGAAGCCCUCUUCUCCUCCUCCACAACCCUCCUCUCUUAAGUCUCGUCCCUCCUCCCCUCCUCGUCCCCCGGCCUCUGUUUCCGCUCUGUACACUCCUCCUGUCGGCACGUUGGUCUUACAGAUUCCUAACCAGCCGGACAGUCCUGGAAUUGUACUGGAACUACCAAACUUCUCGCAGGUUGAUCCAGAUGUUUUUGCUGCCCUCCCCAAAGAGCUCCAGGAGGAACUGAAGUCUGCAUACAACCGUGUUACAAAUGUCCAGCCCCAGUCUAAACUUACUGUGGACCAGAGGAAUCCACUGUUGCAGCUGAAACAGUCCGGGGUCGGGAUUGGCAUCGGUCGUGUGAAGCGGCGCUACAAAAGAAAAAAUGCAGCGAGUCCUGUUAAAAAAGGUCCGUCCCCUCAGAAGAAGCGUCACAUGACUAACAGCCCAGCCAAGACCUUACCACUUCCUGUAAAACCACGGGAACCAAUGAGCAUCCUAAAGACUGAAAACGGUCCCUCCUCUUCAGCCUCAAAAGCAGACAUCCCAGAGUGUCUUUCUGAAUUCAUCACUCGCCCUGCUCCAGCGUUGGCCGGAGCCUGCGACCUGACCGACAUAAAGACGCUCCUACGGGAGUGGGUCACGACCAUAACAGAACCCAUGGAGGAGGACAUCCUGCAGGUGGUGAAAUACUGCACUGAUCUGAUCGAGGACAAAGAUCUGGAGAGGUUGGAUUUGAUUAUAAAAUACAUGAAAAGGAUCAUGCAGCAGUCGGUGGAGUCUGUAUGGAGUAUGGCUUUUGACUUCAUACUGGACAACGUGCAGGUGGUUGUGCAUCAGGCUUAUGGCAGCACCCUGAAAGUAUCAUGAAAAAGGGAGUGCAACUUUUUUUUUUGUGCUGCAGCUGUAACAAGAUCCUCCGACCAUGUCACCUAAAAGAUUUAGCUUCUUUUCAACUGUGACGCCACUGAAUCAUCUGGAAGGAUUCUUCUUUUAAUGGCCACAGAAAUUAAACACUAGUAUCAAACACAACAUAUGAGAAAGUGUUACAAAAGCCAUGACAGUAUUUGAGUGUAUGUCCAGUGAUUUUUUUUAUUUUUUUUUUUGUACUGGUUUUUUAUAGGACAGGUAACAACUAAGUGAAAGGCAGGAAAAAUACAAAAAGUUUUCAAGUUCAUCGUUUUUACUAUGGAGUUCUUUUCUAAAUAAUGCCAAGAGUCAUUUCAAACAAAAGUGGAUUUUUAUAUGAACAUUUUUGCAGAAAGUCAUUCACUUUUUCUCUUGACAAAGUGGUGCAAAGAUUAAAAAUCUCCCUUCUCCUGCUGAGCAUUUUACUCUUACUGAAGCAGUUGAUGCCCCCCCCCCCCAUGUGUCACCAUAUGUUGAAGUGGUAUCACAACCACACAAUUAGAGCUUUAUUUGUAUUCUUAUAAGCAGCUUGACGGUGCAGACUUAAAAUAAUGACUGUCAAUCACAAUCAUCAUGAUUCAGUUUUUAAAAAUCAUUGUUGAUGUUGGAAUCAGUCAUCGUCGUAGCACUCAUCAGACCUAUAAUAAUUCCAGAAAUUGUAGGGAUAUAAUAUCCUGUCAUCAAUACUUUCAUUGGUGCUCCGUGCCACUUGUCCUGACCUGUGAAAAAUCUACAACUACUGUGUCACCAAAAAUGCAAACAAAAUAUAGUCUGCUGCAUACAGUAGUUUGUGUUUUACUUAUCUCUGCAAAAAAAAAAAAAAAGUGCCAAACCCUGUUAUUAAAGUGUGUAAAUAAUGUUUUUAAAGAUACUUGUUGAAAGUUUUAAAAAGAAAAGGUGUAUGUGAAGGGUUUCCCUCUGGUAUUGUUUACAUGUAGUGGAUUCUUAGUAACUCCCUGUAAAUUGUAAAUCUUUAUAACUCUAACUGUUUGUAAGUGUUCCAACAUGGAAAUCAGAAGCUGGCCAAAGCACUUCAUGUGAGGUUAACUGUUGAUUCUCAGUAGCACUCUGACUCACGAGGAUGUUGACAGGCAAUCAAUAAGUAGCCUAUGCAUUUCUUUUUUUUUCUCUAACAAGCGAGAUGUCCCUUCAAUAUUAUGUAAUCUUUCAUACAGCCUUUGUAUCUGGAGUAUAUCUUGGUUUUCAAGUGUGUUUUACUAACCAAUUUCACAAAAUUUGAAUAUCAAAAUGAUGCUGGAUCUGUGUAGGAACCGCUGAUCUGAUUUUUAGCACUUACACCCGUCAUGUUUACUUCAUACAUGAAUACUUUUUUGUAAGGCUUGCGGCUGCGUUAUUGUAUUUCUGUGAAGUAAACGAUGGUCGGUGAUGAGAAGGACUCAGCAGAUUGCAGCUGGCUGGCAGGCUUGGGAUCUCACCGUGCGAGACGUGAGGUUUGUGGUUUAAAAAAAAAAAAAAAAACAUGGGUUUCAAAAGGUGUCCCUAUAUGCAAACCAAAUCAAUCAACUUGUUGAAAUGAAUGUAUCUCAGAAUGUGCAAGUCUCCACUCACUUUCAAGAUGUUUGCUUCUCUUCACCUGUCAUAUCUGUCUAGAAGGAAAUGGCCAGAAGUUAAAAUGGCCAGUCUUGACUUCUCUAAACUGGCUUGUGCCUGAAGACCUGAAGCUGUGAACUUGUUUGUAAGUUUUCUAAAUCUUGGUAAUAAACUGUAAACUCUGUAUUAAUAAA